AUGUAAUAAGAGUUUGCUUAACCGAUAUUGUUCAUUGAUAUAGAUGAGGAUGGAAAAUUCUUGAUGUCUAAGAAGGCUGUAUAAUUCAUCUAAUCGAUUGAAACAAAUAUAGCAAUAAUUUCAAUAGUAGGAUAAUAUAGGACAGGAAAGUCCUAUUUGUUAAAUAGAUUUGCAGGAUAAUAGACAGGAUUUGCAUUAGGAUCAAGUACAAAUCCUUGUACAAAAGGAAUUUGGAUUUGGGGCAAAAGAGUUGAAUCAGAUAAUCUUACAAUUCUUCUUCUAGACACAGAAGGAUUGAGUAAUAUUUUUAAAGUAAAAUAACAGAUUCGUAUGAAAGAGACUAAAAUAACGAUGCUAGGUUGCUAGUUCUUGCAUGUUUAAUUAGUUCUAAUUUACUUUACAACGUGAUGUAAGUAAUUGAUGAGAAAUCAUUAGAAACACUUUCAUUUACAACUAAUAUUAGUAAGCAUUUAUUAGGAGAUGAUGAAUUUAUCACUUAAUACCUUCCAUCAAUUACUUGGGUAAUAAGAGAUUUUGGUCUAGAUUUGUAAGGUUCAACUCCAAAUACUUAUUUAGAGGAAUGUCUUGAUGAAUAAUAAGGUUUUGCUGAUGAAUUUAAAUAAAGAAAUUUAAUUAGAUAAGCUAUUACUAAAUAUUUUAAGAGAAGAAAUUGUUACACUUUAGUUAGACCUGUUGCAGAUGAAAGAUAAUUAAGAGAACUUGAUCAAGUACCAUAUUCUGAAUUAAGAUAUGAGUUUAAAAUCUAGUUGAAUUAACUUAUCUAAAAUACAUUAUUAGAAAUAUAACCAAAAAUGUAUAAAAAUACACCUCUUAAUGGAAAAAGAUUAAUUGAAUUGGUUACUUAAUAUGUUACUACUAUUAAUAAUGGAAGUGUUCCUAAUAUUGAAAAUGUUUGGGAUAGAAUUAUAUCUAAAGAGUUUAAUAAAAUGAUGGAAAAAGCUAAAGAAAUUUUAUCAUCUGAAAUCUCUCUACCUACAACUUAUGAAAUAUUAUUUGCCAAUUUAAAUCACAUUAGUGUAAAAGCAUAAGAAUCGAUAUUCAAUUAUCACAUUGCUUCACAAAGAUAGAUUGAAGGAGUUCUAUAAUUGAGUAAAUAAAUGUCUGAAAAAUCUUAAGUCAUAUUCUAAGAAAAUUAUAUUAAAUCCAAAAGAAUUAAUCAAGUUAUUUCAAAGUAUUAUUUUCAUAAAUUACUUUAGUAAAAUGUAUGAUAUCUUAAAUUAACUUUCAGAAUAAGGAAAAUUAGUUAAUGUAUAACAUAUUAUUGCUUAAGUUAAUAAUAUUAAAAAAGUAUUAUUUAGUAUUAUUAUUUAAUUAGAUUUACUUUCAAGAAGCAAAACCUCCUUCUAAUCAUGAAUGUUAUGUAUCAUUUUUAGAAUUAGUUAUGUAAAUUAUUGAAAAAGUUGCUAAUACUAUGUAAUUGAAUUUUUAGAGAAGAGAAGAAGAUUAUAAAUAAGAAAUUAAUGUCUUAAAAAGUUAAAUUAAUACCUUAUAAGAAAUUUUAAAGAGUGAAAAGGAAAAUUUAUAUAAACAAUUAGAUUAAGUUAAAAUUACUUUAUAAGAAGAAAGAAUUAUGUAUGAAAAAAAAUUAUUAGAAUUGGAUAAUACAUCGCCUCUUGAAUUUAGAAAGGGAGAACUAUUUGAAAAUCCUGAUUUAUUUAUGAAAAAAGAAUUAAAGAAUUAACAAUUAUAAACUUAAUAAACUUUUAACUUAACUUUAAAAGAUAUUAACUAAAAAUUUAUGGAUUUAAAAGAAAAAUUAGAUGAUAUUUAUGAAGCAAGAGUUGAAAUAGAAAAAGAAAAAAUAUACAAUAAGGCUAUAUUUGAUAGUAAAGAAUAAAAUUAAGCAUAAAUUGACAGAAUUAAAUUAACUUAUGAAGGUGAAAUCAAGAUAUUAAAAGAAGAUAGAUAAAGAUUAUAGGAACAAAGAGAACUUUUAUAAAUUUAAUUAACACAAAAAGAUUGUGAAUUUCAAAUCCUAAAAGAAAGACUAAAAUAAAUUGAAAAAUAAAAAACCAAAGAUAUUGAACAUGCAGACAUGUUAUGUAAAAUAAGCGAUUAAUUAGUAAAAGCAUUAAAAAAACUAGAAAAAAAAAAACUUUGA